CAUCCCUCCCUCCUCAUCCGCCUCAGCCGCUACAGGAGAGGAGAGAGGGAGAAGAGUGCGGCUGAAUGUGAACGACAUGUCUACAGUCAGCCUCUAAAGUGUUUUCUCGGUCGUUUCUUAAUUCUUUGGCGGCGGACUGAGUGAGUAUUACCCGCAUCCCUGCUCUGCUAAACGUCGCUGUGUGGAUCAGAGAGGCUGGUGGGGAGAGACAGACAAUGAGGAAUGCAAUUGGAUUGCGUUACUCUGCCAAAGGAUUUUCAUACAUAGCCUGUGCGAUGAAGGGCCGAUGCUGGGCUGUAGCCCCAGGCUGUUGAGCUGAAAGGGAGAAGCAGUAGGAUGCAGUGGGUCACACUGGCAGUGGCCCUGGGGUGUGUGUGCCUGUCCCAGGCAUCGCACAGCCCCACCCCUACCCCCACCUCUACACACACCCCUCUGGUAGACAACUCAGAGGAGGAAGUGGAUGAGCCGUGCUUUGAGCCGUGCACGUGUGAGGUCAAGGAAGGCGUGCUGCACGUACACUGUGAUGGGCGGGGAUUCACUAAUGCCAGCCAGGUGUCACAGUCAUGGGUCCGCCCUUUCAAACUCAACCUCCAGAGGAACUCUUUGAGACGUCUCUAUAGCAACGGGUUUCAGCACCUUGGCAACGCAGUGUCGAUAAACCUUGGCAACAAUGCACUCCAGGACAUCCGAGUGGGAGCCUUUCAUGGGCUGGCCAAAUUGAAACGUCUGUACCUCCACGAAAACAAGCUAGAAGUCUUCAGAAAUGACACCUUUGCUGGUUUAGAGGCUCUGGAAUACCUCCAGGCUGACUACAACGUGAUCAAACGAAUUGACAGCGGUGCUCUGAGGUUUCUCUAUAAGCUCCGGGUUCUCAUCCUGAAUGACAACCUGAUUCCUGUCUUGCCUGCUCAUCUGUUCAGAUCUGUGUCUCUGACUCAUUUGGACCUGCGGGGAAACCGUCUGAAGAGCCUGGCAUAUGCUGGAACCCUGGAGUACGUUGGUCGUUCCCUCAUGGAGCUACAGCUGGAGGAGAAUCCCUGGAACUGUGGCUGCGAAGCAGUGCAGCUGCAGCAGUGGUUGGGUCAGAUCCCCUACACGGCUGUAGUUGGGGACGUAACCUGCGAAUACCCCUUCCACCUUCAUGGUAAGGACCUGAGGGAAAUCCCCCGCAAAGAGCUGUGUGUUGACCUGCCAGAUAAAGAGCUACAAGGAGAGCGGGGUGGUCAAUCUGCAGGAUCACAGCCCCAGCCCUUCCCUCCUAAAUCUAAACCUAAUUCACACCCUGGGCGAGCAAGGCCGACUAAACCUUCCUCUAUGGUGCACGGUUCCCGUCAGAACACUCAUACUUCCUCCACUUCUUCCUCGUCUUCCUCAGCAGAACGUAAAGACAGGGAGAGACAGCCAAGGCCAACUAAAAGGCCACGACCUUCCAGAACAUCCCCAACAUCUCGCAGUCUGAUGCCCAACCAGAAUCCACCUGUGGCCGGCUACCAAACAAGACCCCCUAUCCCUAUCAUCUGUCCCCUGGGCUGCACUUGCAACCUGCACAUCACGGACCUGGGCCUCACCGUGAACUGUAAAGAGAGUGGCUUCCAUAAUGUGUCCCAGCUCACACCUCGGCCCCUCAAUGGCCGCAAGCUCUACUUGAGUGGAAAUUUAAUUCAGAGGAUCUACCGCACAGACUUCUGGAAUUUUUCCAGCCUCGAUCUGCUACACCUGGGAAACAACCGCAUCUCGUAUCUCCAGGAGGGGGCCUUUUCCAGCCUGAUGAGCCUGAGGAGUCUCUACCUGAAUGGAAACAACCUGGAAAGACUAAGCCCCCAUAUGUUUCUGGGGCUGCAGAAUCUAAGGUACCUUUACUUUGAGUACAAUGAGAUACGUGAGAUAGAUCCCGGUACCUUUGACUCCAUGCCGUCUCUUCAGUUGUUGUUUCUCAAUGCCAACCUGUUGCGGAACCUCCCUCUUGGCGUCUUCUCUAGAGUCAAUCUGGCUCGGCUCAACCUGAGAAACAAUCACCUCCUGCAGCUUCCUAUGGAGGGAGUGCUGGAACACCUCAAGGGACUGGUACAGGUGGACCUGCAGCAGAACCCGUGGGAGUGCAACUGUGAAGCAGCGCCACUGAAGCGUUGGCUGGAGGGGCUUAGUGCUGUGGUUGUGGUGGGAGAGGUGGUGUGCCAUUCCCCAGAAAAAACCAAAAGUAUAGACCUGCGCUCCCUCUCCAUGGAGCUCCUCUGCCCUGAGUUGGAGCCCCAGGAGGAUCAGGAGCAGGAAGAGCAGACUGCAACCUCCACAGCUGCAGACAAAGGCGUAUCGGUUGGCUACCCCAGCACAGGGGUGGGACCCCUUAUCCCUUCAGAUUCAAUCCCUCUGUCGGUGUUAGUGCUCAGCCUGCUGGUGUUGUUUGUCUCUGCAUUCUUCGCAGCGGCGGCACUAAUCGCCUACGCCCUGAGGAGGAGGGACAAGCUGCCGUUCCGUCGCCAGGGAGAGGUAGAUUUGGCUGGCAUCCAGAUGGAAUGUGGAAUUUUCACUGAGCAGGCGCACCACCACCACCACCAUCAUCAUCAUCAUCAUGGUCUGCAAGAGAAACCACCUUUGCCUCCAUCUGAACACAACCACGUCUAUGACACCAUCUUGCCCCCAGAGGCUGCGUCCAAAAGCCCCGACCCUGCUGCGGUCUCACUUGUGUGUAGCAGCCAGAUGUACAAAGACGAGCAGGACAAAGAGGUGAAACAGCGACUGCAGCAGCAACAGACAUUUGCAUCUUCCAAAGAAUGUGAGGGGGGAUACAUCUCUUCAGCAGAGAAGGAGAGGGAGUGGGCUCUGGAGGUGUCCUCAUCACCCAUCAGCACUGUCACAGGAGCAAUAGGACCACUUGCCGGCCUCCAUGGUAACGGCAUCCUGUGCCCCACAGUUAUCGACAGCCAGGGCCCCACUCCAAAGGUGGAACUGGUGGACUGCCUCUUCAGACUCCCCACCCCGGAGUUCAGAGAUCUGCCGGACAGGUACGCGAGGCCACCACCCCGCUACCCUCAAAGCCAAGACUCCAAACAGGAAGCAAGGUCCGACCAAACACUUGUGGUCACCACCACCAGCUCCACAGCAGGCGGUGGUCACAGCAGCCAGAGCGAGCAAGGAACCGGAGAGCAGAGAGUCAGACAGAGGACCACACCAGACUACAUGGAAGUGCUGGACCGCUCUUACCAGUUUUAAUACCCUCUCCGCCUCCUCCUUCUUUUGCUUCCCAUCUUCUGUUGUCUCUUCAUCAUCUCCCUUUGUGGUGAUGAAUCACCCAGUAACAAUGACUCCUGUACAGAGGUUGGCUUUGAGAGGAGCAUGUGGGGGAGUGGGACUACACUACACACUAUGUUUAUUCCUGGAGCUGAGGUCAGUUUUUGUAUUUUCCCCACUACUGGCAUAUAUAGGUUGGUAUUUGGCACGGAUUAGCUGAUCCCAGAUCUCUGCCUGAAGGCAAAACUUCGCUGCAGAGUUACCACAGUAUUAUUUUUUUCCCUCCACACUACAGUUUUAUUACUCAGCGCCUCAAUUAGCAGGAUGCAGCGUGGUGGUGGGCGUUCAUGUUAUCUCUCUCAAAAAACCCGUGUGGAGGUCAAACACACCAGCUCUUACCAACAUCAAACAUAGUCAUAAACUAUGACAGCUGGAAGGUGUUGGAAUGAGCUGGGUGCGCACGUAAGACAAGAAAAAGACAGAGACAAAACAAGAAGAAGAGAAAUAACUGAAUAUAGCCAAGUGCCUUAGCAAUGAACAGCCAGCAGCAGUGUGGUCAAUGCUUAUUUUUCUAUGAAAACAGAUCUAUUUAUCUAAACAAAGAGGUUUGACUACCAAUGGAUGGGACCCUAAUGGAUGACUGAAAGUAAAACCAAUCAAACCACGAAGAAUAAUUGCAUUCCCUGGAUGAGCCAAAAAUAAUAAUAUACCCAGUCAGUAUUGGAGUUGUUUGUACUCAGUUCUGUUCAUUUUCCUCAUCUCAUCCAGUUAACUUUGUUUGAUUAUCCAGUUUAAUUAUUAACGUGACAUGUGACAGAGGACUUAUUCAGUAAUAGUUGUUUGCUGAGAUAAAGAAGAAGAAGAAUUUAGAAACAAUAUAUUUUUUUUUAUUUUUAAAUUGUAUUUUGUUUCAACACAAGACUAAAUAAAAGGGUGGUCGAUUUACAGAAGGACACUGUGGCAAUGGAUACAUUUUGGAUUUUUUAACCAGCUGGAUUCAAUGGGAAGGACCUCCACUUCAUACUUUCUUUUCAUUGGACAAAGGCACAGAAGUUAUUGUGUUGAUUUUUAAGUAUUUUUCAGAGGAAAAUUGAACUGCAAAAAAAAAAAAAAAAAAAAAAAAAAAAAAGAGAACAACAGAAAAAAAAACAGGACAUAACAGGUUGUUUUUUUUCUUUGUUUGUUCAAAAAAGAAAAAAAGACACUUCUAUCAACUAUUGAUUCAUAUCUUUUAUGGAGGUACCUUUUUAUGCUUUCAUCUCCUACAAUAGUAGAGGCAGUUGUGAAUAUAUUUAUUCUUAGUUUUUGCGUGUUGAAGCUCUCCUGUAAGGGAUCAUGUUAUAUUAAUGUAUAGGAUGAUUCUGCAUCUGGUUCAGCCUUCUUACCGCCGACCCACAAAAUACAAUAAAGGGUGCUACAUAUAAA